AUGCCUAUUGAUACUAGAUGCCCAGUAUGUUUUAGAUUCGAUGAAGAUGGUGGACAUAUAUUUUUGAAAUGCAAAAAAGUAAGAGAAUUGUGGAGAACAUCCAUGUUAGAACACAUUAGAACUAAACUUCUUGAUUGUCCUGAUUCAAAAAAGGUUCUUGAGGAAAUUUUUAAACUAGAACCGGGUGAAUGUCUCAAAGUCUGCUUCUUAAUGUGGUUGUGGUGGAAUGAGAGAAAUAAAGCCAAUAAUGGCGACCAAAUUAGAUCCAUAGGGGAAGUUUCAUCUUUUGCUGAAUAUCAUCUUUUCAACUGUAUGAAGGAUAAGACUCAAGAAAAAGAGAAGAGCAACAGGAAAAUGCAGAAGUGGAAACCACCUCCAGAGGGAAACCUGAAGAUUAAUAUAGAUGGGGCUUUCAUCGAGGCAUCAAAAAUAGGAGGCUGGGGUUUCACGUUGAGAAAUGAUCAAGGAGUUUUAUUGGCUGCUGGUGCGGGUAAGCUGAAGCAUGUAUCUGACACGCUACACGCUGAAGCACUUGCCCUGGAACUUGCUACAAAUAUUGCGAUCAAAAUGGGAUGCCAGCAGGUAAUUUUCGAAACGGAUUCCAUGAUGCUGAAGCAGGCAAUCACCAGUACAGAGUAUGAUUUAUCAAAGUUGGGAUCCUUAUUCCAAGAUGUAAAAUUUCAGAUGCGUGUAGGUUUGAUUGUUGUAAGCUUUGAACAUUGUAAUAGAGUGUAA